CAUUUCCCAAUCCAAUACAUGCACCUAACAACAAAGAAUUCAAAUAUACUUUAUCCCCAUCAUCUCCAAACCCAUCUAUCUAUAAUCCCACAUAAAACUCAAACCCAACACUUCACUUUACAUUUGCAUACUUCCCAAUUCUUCAUCACUCACCAUAACUAAUAAACAUGUCAAUUCUUACAAAAACCAUUCACCAAACAAAACCGCCACAACUAUUGAUUCUUCUCAUCAAUUUGAUCCUUUUGCUUUGUGUCACUUCUCCAAUACUAAAAGUCAAAGCUUUGGAAUCAAGAAACCUUGAUGAGACCUCAAAUGGUCAACAAAAAUGCACACCAUGUGAAAAUCCGUCGCCGCCGUCGCUGCCGCCGCCGAUAGUAUAUCCAUCCCCUCCACCACCGCCGCCAGUAUACCCUCCGCCGCCGCCGCCUGCGCCAAAGAAACCACCUUCCCAGAAUUGUCCUCCACCACCAUAUUCACCAUCAACACCUUCCUCACCAUCAUCACCAUAUGUAUACAUGACCGGUCCACCCGGGAACUUGUACCCGGUUGAUGAGAAUUUCAAUGGAGCUUAUACCCAUGAUUUCAAUCUUUUCUUACAAUUAUUGUGUGGCUUCUUGAUCUUCUGCGCUUUUGGGUACAAUAAUUCGAGUUGAGUCGAGUCAAGUCAAAUUAUCAAAAAGUCAACUUUUUGAUAAAAGAAUUUGACCAAUCGAUCUGGUUAAUCCGACGGUAAUUAUAUUAAGGUAGGUAACUUUUAAAUUAAAUUUCUCAAUGUAUUUUAAUUUAUAGAUAAAAUUUUUCUUUGUAUUAUGGUGGUUGUUAAUAAGGACAAGAUUUUACCAAAAUUGCUAUAGAUAGAGAAAUAAAUUAGUGGUUACACAUGUUGUCUUGAUCUUCAAUUCCUUUAAUAAAAUUGUUUGUGAUCCCAAACUGAAUUUGUUCAACAACAAUAAUAUAGAAAUCUUGUAAUAGUAAAUUUGCAAUUUGCAAGUAGUGUUCUUAAUUUCUAUGCUUUCUCAUAUUAUUAUGUAAGAAUUCCAAAGAAGAAAGUGAUGAAUUUCUGGA